AUGAAGCUUGCUAUUGUGCUAUUGCUGAUUGUUCCGCUAGCCGAUGCGAUGAUUCCAUAUUUUAUGGAUUGGUUUCUCACUGCCAGUUGCAUAUUGCCGCAAAUCAGAGAACAGAAAAAGUGCAAAGAUUACUACGACUUAUAUUUGAAAUACUCGAGAGAAGCCGAGAAGCCCGUGACAGGAAAUUUCGAAUACGAUAUGAAAAGGGCUCGAAAAACCGGAUGGGCCUGUCAGAAAACGCACGACUGCCUUGCUCGUCUGAAAUGCCCAGAAGUUGACAACCGACAUCCAAUUAAGGACCCGAAUUGUACAGAUGUCGAGAAUUCGUUCACACCUCUCGGAAAAUGCUUCGGAAAAGUAUUGAAGCAGGGCAGUUGA